AGAUAUGCGACUUCUCUCAUUCUCUUAGCUACCUAUGGCCACAAAGUUUCCUCUGAAGAUGAUGAACUUGUUGCACUAAAUGUCUUUGCCGAAUAUGUAAUCUUAAAACCAGGUCCGCCAGGAACUACAAUUGUUGACGUUUUCCCAAUACGUGAGUAG